AUGGUAUAUGAUUACAUUUUAAAACAUAUUAAAGUGCUUUGUUUAGAGGAUUUUGGUAAGCUUUACAUUUUGUUAGCAAUUUCUGAGUUUUUAUUGCCCAAUCGUAGUGGAACAGUUUUUUCUAUUUUGUUCAACAUUGUUGAUGACCUUGGUAGUAUUGGGAAAUUUAAUUGGGGUCGAGUGGUGUAUGAGUAUUUGGUUGGCAGUAUUUGUGAAGCUAAAUUGUUCUUGAAGGAGAAACAAAGUACCAAACACUUCCAUGUAGCUAGAUGUGUUUAUUUGUUACAGUUAUGGUCUUUUGACCAUUUUUUGAUUUCGAAUUUAAAGGAUUGUCAGCGCACGACCAAGUUUCCCAGAAUCUUGCAUUGGAUGGAAAUGAAAGCAGGGGACAAUGUUGUUGCAGAUGUUGCUGCCUUUGUAGAAGAGUUGACCAAUUCCUUCGUUAAAGAAGGUUUGGAGGUAUAUGGACGUCGAAAUAAGGGUACUAAAAUAGUUGACUUAAUUAAAGCUGUUGAACAUCAAGAAAGUGUGCUAGGGGAAUUGCAAAAAGAACUUGUAGACUUGAAUGCAAUGAUGAUUGAAAGGAAGAACCAACGCCAACAUCACGAGGGCAAACUGAAGUUUUAUGAGUUGGGUGAACCAAGUGUUGGUGAUUCGCAAACACCUAAUUCCAACCACCUCAAGGGCUUUAUUGAAUUUGGCGAUUCUGGUGAGAGGGGUCAUGUGGAAAAAGUUCAUUUUCUAAAUCAGGAAGCACAAGAAUCCGAACAGAGCAACAUGUAUGUGCGACGAAGGGAUGGUCCUCGGAUGCGUGUCAAGAGUAUGUCAAUAAGAACUCCUUUUGCAACAUUUACUAGGAGGAAGUGCCAUAAGUAG